AUGGCAAACGGGCGUCAGAUCCUUGCACUGUAUACUGGGGAUCGCAUCGUCGACCGCAACGAAUGUACCUUCGAGAUUGAGUAUCGGCUCACCCUCGAGAAGAUCAAGGCCGACCACCUGCGCGUUCGCUAUCCUGAUCCGCUAAGCAAGAUGGCCAGAGAAGUGGGAACCCUCAAAGUUCAGGACGACGACAAGCACAAGGUCGAGGCCGCUUUACCCCGGGUAAAUAUCCACUACUACGGAGCCAACGGGCAUUCGCGAGAAUUUGAUAUGGAGAGGGAGGCCACGCGUGGCCUCCAAAUAAACAGCCUGAUACAGCAGAGAUCAGGCAUCCGCGUGUACAAGGAGGGUUUCACGACGGGCAAAACCUUCGGUAUCCUGACGAACAUACACUUCAGCAUGAAAGUGAAGCAGGAGGUCAGAGACAACCCCGACGAAAAGCUCAAGAUCAAGGAUCUCGGAAUUUCCUUGGAGAUAUCAUGGCGGCACGACAUGCACAAGUGGGCCGGCAUCAUUAGCUGGUACGCCGAAUGCACCCCGUUCGGCGUCUCAGGCGACAGUGGUGCUCUGGUCUGUGCAGUGGAAGAUAGUCAAACGGUGCGCUUGGGCAUACACAUUGGCCGCUUGAUUACCCAGGAGAACCGCAGCAUGUUCUUGGGUCUCGGAGCCUGGGCUUAUGCAAGUCCUGAUCUUACCAUCACGCAGGCAUCAAGCCACGUGGCGAGUCAAGCAAUAUACUUCACUGGGCUCGAUACAAAUGAGACUCCUACACUCCACUUCCUACCCCAUCAACUCAUAACUCUUAUUUCACACCCACAAACCAUAACCGGCCCUGGCAUUAUGGCCAACAACAACUCCCUCGAGAAGCUCAUCCACAGCUUCUGCGGAGUGCCGCUGCCGCCACGACUUCCGCCCGCACCAACCAAGCGUAUCUCCGACAUCGCAUGGAGAGGUGACGGAGUGGAUCCGGUUUCCUCGGAAGGCGGAUGGUCAAUGGAAGCGCCGGACCAGAUGCAGUCCAUGAUGAUUUGUCGUCGUCGCGCAGAGCUCGAAUACCUUCGCCAUAGGCACCUGGACUACUUGGACCCCGCCGUCGUGAUUGGCCCGAAGUCCAACCAGAAGGACUGUUUUGAGCUAAGGGGGGCAAUGAGGCAGGAUGUGUCCAUCAUACAUGGCAAGUUAGCUGGCAAGCAGUUAUUCCUCCUCCAGACUUUGGAGGCGGAAAUUAUGCUUUGCAACGUCAAGACGAGCGCUCGCGAUCAUUACCAGAGAGUCCUUGAACUCAAAAUCUUCCCGCUUGUCGUGAAGGCGCUCAGGCUGAGGUCAGGUGUAUGA